AUGCUAACCCGUCCCACCGCCUACCAGCUACUAACCUUGGUGAGCCUAACAUAUGGCUCACCAACAAAAGACUACUCAAACAUUGGCAAACGCGCCGUUGUCCCAUACAUGCCCACAGACUACAAAUACCCAAGCGGGUCAUUCAAGGACUCCAGAACCGGUGUCGAGGUCAGACCAACCAUCAUGAUCCCGCGCUACAACGAAGACAAGUGGCUGAAUUUCUGCGCGCGCUACGACGUUACACACGAUGGACUCACAAUGCCCGAAGGACACACAUGCUAUCAGGACACAAACGCUCUAUCCGAGAACGCCACCACAAAACCCACUGGUGUGAAGGUCUGGCCUGGCAGCUCUGCACCUGGCUGUGGGCCCUGUGUACAGCUCCUCUCGGAGAAUCGUGCCUUUGCGAAUCAACGUGCGGGCUGGUGGCCUGGUCGUAACAUUAAUUGUGUGCUCUUCUGGACUAACAACUGUGUCUACGACUACAAGAACGAGUCCUCUGGGGCUUAUUAUGCUGAGUCACCCGCAACCGUGCUCCCGCCUCCAGGGCUGGCCGUGAUGGAGACUGGCCCGUGGCAGGACGUCACGCUCAACACUGCGUGGUUUAAAGAUCCAUUUGGAAAGGACAGCAAGAAGACUGCAGCGGGCCCCUAG